GCCAUAGAGCAUUAUGCUGCUGCACAUUCUUCUCCGGCUCUGCCAGCGUAUCUUCUUCGCCAUCGAGAUGAAUCUGCUGCUGCAUUUGGCGAGCGUCUCAUGAUAUCAAAUCUGCAGGCUCAACUAAUCAUGUUUCUGAUACAAAGUCACGGCUUCAAAAAUGUUCUUGAGAUUGGCACAUUCACAGGCUUCUCAGCUUUGUGCUUUGCUGAAGCGGGCGCCGACAGUGUGCUCACAUUGGAGUUUGAUGAGCGGCAUGCCUCGUUUGCCAAGCUAGCCAUACACGCCGCUGGCAAGUCUGAUGUUGUUCGUGUGCUUCGAGGUGAUGCACACGCUCUUCUGCGAGACAAGCAGCAAGUUGGAGGCAAAGAGCAGUACGAUUUCGUCUUUAUCGAUGCAGAAAAGCAAGGCUACCAGGACUAUUUGACACAGAUUUUGACACGCAAGCUGCUUAAGCCAAACGGCCUCAUUGUCUGCGACAAUACUCUCCGACGUGGUGCUGUCGUUUUGUCAGGACCGCCUUCACGCUCGCCUGCUGAGUCGCCAGAAGAGAAGCGUCGAGCAGAGUCGUUCGAGCAAGACGUCAACGCCAUCAAGACCUUCAACACGUUUGUUGCACAACACCCUCAGCUCUCUAGCAUUCUACUACCCGUGUUUGACGGCAUGAGCCUCAUCCGU